AGACUUCUGCAUGUUCAAUGGUAGCAGCACUUGGCCGUCCUGGGACAGUGAGGCUUUCUCUGGACUCGCUGUGGAAGGCGAGGACAGUGUUGGGCUCUUCUCUGCCUCCUUCUUCUUCUCCUUCUUGCGUCCCGGAGCUCAGCUCCAUCACCGUCAAGACGCUGGCGACUCACGGCUUCGGGGUGGCCAUGGCAGCCAUGGCGGCCAUCCCUCCGCAGAGAUACCACUACUUCUUAGUGCUGGACUUCGAGGCCACGUGUGAUAAGCCGCAGAUCCAUCCCCAGGAAAUCAUCGAGUUCCCCAUCCUGAAGUUAAACGGCCAGACGAUGGAAAUCGAGUCCACGUUCCACAUGUACGUGCAGCCGGCUGUCCACCCUCAGCUGACCCCGUUCUGUACGGAGCUGACUGGAAUCAUCCAAGGCAUGGUGGAUGGCCAGCCGAGUCUCCAGCAAGUGCUUGAGAGGGUUGAUGAAUGGAUGGCGAAGGAAGGUCUUCUCGACCCAAGUGUCAAGUCAAUCUUCGUCACUUGUGGAGACUGGGACUUAAAAGUGAUGCUGCCUGGCCAGUGCCACUACCUGGGGUUGCCAGUGGCUGAUUACUUCAAGCAGUGGAUUAACCUGAAAAAGGCCUACAGCUUCGCCAUGGGCAGCUGGCCCAAGAAUGGACUGCUAGACAUGAACAAAGGCCUCAACCUGCAGCACAUAGGACGGCCUCACAGCGGCAUCGAUGACUGCAAGAAUAUCGCCAACAUCAUGAAGACGCUGGCACACCGAGGCUUCAUCUUCAAGCAAACGUCCAAGCCCUUUUGAUCGGCCAACGGAGGGGGAGUCGGCUCUCGCCACAGACCCCCCCAGCCAGCCCCCUGCCUGUCCCCGGUCCCCAGCCCCCUGCCCAGGGCAUCUGGAGGCGAGGAGAGUGAACUCCCUUCCCACCCCCCUAGUCUGGUCUCAUUACCUGCCCACCGGCCUGCCCGCCUGCCCACCUCCAUUGUGGGGGGGCCCUGGGGCUGGACAGCUGGAGGGGAGGGGUCCUGAGCCCCGGCGGGGGCCAGGGGCAGCCUGGGCUCCUUCCCGGGGUGGGUGUGUCUCUAGUCCCAGUAUUAGGCCGUCCCCUGGGGGUCCUGGGGGGGUCAGACCUCUGGCACAGGACGCUCCGUUGAAGGGGUGGGGCCUGAGCCCAGUGCCCCACCCUCCCCAUAGUGCAUGGCGUGUGGUUGUCCCCACCUGGGCUCCAGGACCGUAGCCCCUCCCCCUCCUCCCCCCCUCCCCAUCAUUGUGUCUGUCAACCCCACCCGCUGUGAAUGUGCCACAGAGAAUAAAAGUCUGGGGGAUUA